UGGAUAUUCCCAUAACAAUCAUUCAGUCAUCAAAGUUAUUCCUUAAUAUUAUAUUCGGUUCUAGAUGGUAUGAAUCUUGAAAAUUACUUAUAAAACUGAUUUUUAUACAGGCCCUUCAUAAACCUUGUCCCUUAUACGAACUAUGAGGACCUCACAAGCUUUAUCUUAUCACUUUCCAGUUUUCAUAUCAUAAUAAUAUUCAUAAUUGAUAGUAGUGUAUCUGUUUAGGUAUAAUCAGAUUUCUGAGUGCUAAACGUUUUUGUUUUAAACACAUUUAAGUACUUAUUUUAAACUUUUAACAAAUAGGUAUUAAAAAUGAGUAAUAAUUAAAUAAUUAAUGUUCGGUUUUAACUAUCGCAAAAUCGAUCAAAGGCUUACUUAUUAUAUGUAGGUACCUACUAUUUAAGGAAAUACCUACUUUUAUGAUAAUGUUAUUGUGUACCUAAUGAGGUCACUUUUUUUAGUCUAUAAGAAUAAUAAACUGAUUGUUAAUAAUUUUUAAGUAGUAGUGACAUCGAUUAUUAAAAUAUUGGAAUACUACAUUGUGGAAGUUAUUAGUUAGUAUUAAAGGUCUACAUAAAACAAUUAUAAGUAACACCAACAAUGUCGAACAAAUCUUGUGUCUGUAAUAAUACGUCACUACCCUACAGGCCAGUUGUCAUUGUACACGGUUUGAUGACAGGUGACGUGAGCACCAUGCAACAUCUAGCUACUAAUAUAACCAAGGUGAGUAUUGCCUUAUUAAUUUAUAAUUAUUUUCUUGACUUCGUAUGAAGUAUACCUAAGUAUAUACAUAGUAUCCUUGUUCUCAUAGGUUCAUAUUUAACUAAGAUGAUUAUUAAUAAAUAAUUUGGAGUUGUUAUUAUGGGUUUUUGAGAUUUUAAAUAAUAUAUAAAGUUUAGUUAUCUAUAUCUAUUUAACAAUUUAAAUGAAUAUGAACUACUAAAAUAUUUUAGUUAGGAAUUAUAUUUUAUUAUACUACAAUCACAAAUCUGAUCUGGUAAAAUAUUAUAAAAUUUAAUUAAUCUUUGUCAGUAAAAAUGUUUUUUCAUAAUUUAAAGAAAUGCAAAGUUUGUGUGUGCUUAUAAUAAUUAGGAACUUACUUAAAUAACGAAUACAAGUAUUAAAACAAAAUGUUUAGACCUAUCAAAAAUAAAUUUAUAGUAAUUAUUAAAUUAUAUUCUUCUCAGUAAUUUACCAUACUUCAAUGAUUUACAGAUACAUCCAGGUACAAAAACAUAUGUUAUUAACAGGUUUUGUGGUUUGGCCAGCUUGGAGCCACUGUGGCGGCAAACAAAGUUGUUAGCUGAUGACUUAUUAUAUAUAUGUUCAUUACACCCAGAAGGUGUACAUGUUAUAGGUAGAUAUAAUAUAGUAUGUACAUAUAAAUAGGUAUUUACAGGUUUAAUAUAUUUAUGUACCAUGGUUCAUAUAUUUUAAUUUUGAUUGCAUUAAUAGGAUAUUCGCAAGGUGGACUUAUAGUCAGAGGCAUGUUGGAAAUGUGUGGCAAUGAACACAAUGUUAAGACAUUUGUGUCGCUUAGCUCCCCACAGGGAGGCCAGUAUGGUGGUAUGUGUUUUUAUUUUACUUAUUCUACUUAUAUUUACAGAGGUAUUUCUCAUACAUUUUGAAAAUUUCUAAAAACUAAUGGACUAAUAGAGUUUUUUUAGCAAAUAUUCCUACUAUUGUAAAAUAGACUUAUGGUCUUACAACCAGACAUUCAUAUUUUGAUGAAUAUCAGUUUUUCAAUUUUUAUUAUUAACAACCAAACAAAUUUGAUCAUUAAAUACAGAGAUAUUGUACAAAUGAAGAUGUCUGGUUUUUAUGUUAUUGCAACAAGACAUAUCCAGAAUAUGAGUUUAUUCACUGAUAUAAAAUUAAUUAAAAAUGUUAAGGCUUUUUUUAAAUAGUAUAUAAGUGAUAAUAAUAAAAAUAAUAAGUUUAUAUAAUGAUAUUUUUAUGUUAAAAAUGUAUAGAAAUGUUUGGGCUUUCCAUGAUUCCCAAAAUUGUGCAAUAUUUUUUAAAAUUGUACUAUUACUUAAUUUUGGUUGCCAUAUAAAUUCUGCCAUGUAUAAGUCAAAAAAAUUUCUAUUGGUUCUUCUGCAUUUAUUUAACCUCAUUUGGGGCAUUUAUAUCAAACAUUUGUUAAUAAAUCUUUGAAAUCUAUUUUAAAAGUAAUAUAUUAAAUAAUAAUGAAUAAUUCUCGAAUAACAAUAAACAAAAAUGUACUGUGAUGUUUGAUCUGUAACUAUUUUGGUUUGAUUAUUAGUUUUUAAAUAAUCCAUAUUAUAUGAUGUAACCUAAUAGUAAUGAUACAGUUUUUCUUUCAAAUUAUUAGAUUAUUUUGUAUUUAUAUUAUGUAUUUAUUAUUAUGGAUGACAGAGAGAUAACAAAUCUGAGUGAUGGGGAUAGAAAGUUUUCACACACAUAACAAACCAAUACCAAUAAAAUAUGUAGACUUUAUUUAUAUUCAUUUCAUUAUUAUGGGUACCAUUGUGAUGAAGUUUUCCUAUUACUAGGUGUAUAUAAUAUUUUUAAAUUUUGUUUUAUAGCUGAGUGUUUUACAAAAAUGUUUCCUGCAUUAACAACACGUACUGCUUAUGAAUUAUUCUAUUCACGUUUAGGCCAACGUGCUUUGUCUGUUGCUAACUAUUGGUAUGAUCCUCGGCAUCGAGAUCUUUAUCUUAAAUACAGCGUUUACCUAGCAGUUAUUGAUAAUUUAAAACCUGAAGAGUCAAACAUUGGUCAUCUUCUCAAAAUUAAAGAUGGUGAUAAAAAUAAAAUUAAUGAUUCAAUUUUGAAUACAACAAAUUUGUUUUAUACAUCAUCUGAUGACACUAUAAUUGUUCAAUCUAAUGAGGAUGAAACCAAAAUAAUAGAAACACAUGUUUCUGUAGCCAUAGCUGCAGUCACCACAGCUACAAUUAAAGUAGCCGAAGGACAUGAUGAUGAUAACAGUACCCAAGAAAGAUUUACUUCAGCCGCUACUAUUGAUUCUAUUAUGACUGAUACAUUGGUCAAUAAUGUUAACCUUUCCUACCUAGAAGAUGAUUAUCCUAAUGCUAAAUCAAACACAAGAAAAAUAGGCUUGGCUCGAUUGCAGAGAAUGGUACUAAUUGGUGGGCCUGAUGAUGGGGUUAUAUCACCAUGGCAAUCCAGGUACAUGCUUACAAAUAUCUGCCCUCCAUUAUUAUAAAUUAAUUACUCAUGUAAUUUUAUAUUAUGUACAGUCAAUUUGCUGUAUUAGAUAGCACUGGUGGAUUAAUACAAUUACGGAACCGACAACAAGAUGAUGUAUUCAGCAAUAAUGAUCCUAUCGGAUUACGGCAGCUAGAUAUGACAGGUCGACUGAUCGAGUACACUGUGCCAGGAGUCCAUCACCAUGAAUGGCAUCAUAAUGAAAAAGUUCUAAAUGAAUGCAUAAUUUAUUGGUUAGAUUAGAUUAGAACUAGCUAAAUGGUCAGAUUUUGUAUGUUAUUUCAUUGUUGUUUCAGUAAAAAAAAAAUAAGUUUAUAAAACUAACAUUAUUUUCUCUAAAAUUUUAUAUUAUAUAAUAUAUUCAAUCUUUAUAUCAUAUUUAUACAUAAUUUGUGUUCAGGACUUAAAGUAAUAAAUUAUAUAUUUUAUAUAUUUUUCAUCCAUUACUUCUUUUUAGCUUUUAUUUUUUUUAUACAUAUAUUUAAGAAAUAACACAAUGCAUUUUACUUUACUAAGUGCUAAAAAGCAUUAGCUCUAAUAAUACAAUUUACAAUUACAAUUAUGUAACCCUAUACAGAAACUUUUUAAGGCCAUGUUUCUAAUGUUUUAUAUUUAAUUUUUAAGGAGGUUUAUUUGUUAAUAUUAUUGAGUUUAAUGUAUGUUUAAAUAUCAUCUAGUAGUAAUAAUUCUUAUUUGAAUGACUUAAAGAUUUAUCAGAUUUAUAUAUUUUUCAAAAGUUAAAAGGUUGUUGUACAAUACAUUUUAUAAUUAAUAUUUUAUAUUAUUUUAAUGGUGUAAUUUAUUUUGGACAUCCUGGUAAUGACUGAGAGAACUUUGCAGUUUAAUAAAGUAUCAUGGAAAAAAAAAAUUCAUUUUAUUCAUAGAUUAUAUCAACUUUUUGUUAUUACUGUUUUGCAGCUU